UACAUGGAGUUAAGGUCAUCCUCGGAUAGCAACUACGCAUGAGCCGCUGUUGUGCUCCACUCGCCCCCGGCUUCCACUUUCGCGUUGGGCGUUUGUUGCGCAGCGGCUCCUCCUCCUCCUCCUCAAAGAUAACAAGAAGACUGCAAAAUGGUGGCAGAGGUGGAAAUCCACGCCGAAGUCGUGGAGCAGUACCAGCGUGACGGCGCCGUUCUAGUGAAGAGCGUGUUCUCUCCGUCUUGGGUGAACAAAGUUCGGGACGGAAUAAUGAAAAAUCUAGAGAAACCUUCUCAAUACUCAGAGCGUCUUGUUGCAAAGGAAGGUGAGGGCGCAUACUUUGACGAUUACUGCAACUGGUCAUGGAUAGAAGAAUUUCGUGAUUAUAUAUUCAAUUCUCCUGCCUCCUACCUGCUGCCACUUCAUGAACAUCAUCAGAAGUAUCGUUCUACCACGAGCACUACUCAAUAA